AUGACGGACCUGCGGCGUCGAGCUGCGUUUGACAUUGGUUCCGCAGCCACCAAACUUAUGAUUGCAGACAUCGCAGGGUCGACCGUUGUGAAGGAGCUUUUUGCGAGGGAGAUCCCCGUAGCCUUUGCAAUUGAUUGGAGACAAUCCAGCGAUGGUAACUUGAGUGAUGCUAUCCAAGACAAGGGCCUGUCCGUGCUCCGGAGCCUCAUUGCGGAAUGUGAGGCGCACGGUGUGCCGCAAGCGGCACGCUGUGCCAUUGCUACGGAGGUGUUCCGCCAGGCCGGGAACGGUGCAGACUACUUGGAGAAGGUCUUGAAAGAGGUGUCGUUGCCAGUCCAAGUUCUUUCCCAACAGCAGGAAGCAGAGAUCGGCUACAGCACUGCAGUUGCGCUAGCCGAUGUGCCGGAUUCGGUAAUUUGUUGGGACUCUGGUGGUGCAAGCUUUCAGAUUACAAUGAGAGAUGGGGAUGGUCUUCAAGCCUAUAUGGGCGGCCUUGGCACUGGCGUGGUUACCUCCAUUCUUGUGCAAGAUGUGCAAGGACAGAGUCUUUCCUCAAAACCAACGCCCAAUCCAGUCUCCAGUGGCGAGGCCGAGAAGUUGGUCGCACAACUGAAGUCUCGCCUUGAUGAGGGUCCCAAGUGGCUGAAGGGUAGCAAAGUCACUGCGAUUGGCGGACCCAACUCAAUGUUUUGCAUAGCUUUCGAAGCAUUGGGGAAGAGACACUUCAACUCCACCGAAAUCUGCACAGUGCUGAACAGCCUCAUUGGCCAGUCUGAUGAGCAAUUGUCAACACAGGCCUUUUGCCAAGGAGACUUGCGAGAAGCGCCAGGUUACAUCCUGCCAAAGAUAGCAUUGCUGCUGUCUGUCAUGGAGCAUUGCGAAAUUGCUGAAGUGCACUUCUGCAGCGCCAUCGGCUCUUGUGCCGGCUUGCUGAUCAGCGCCAGAUCAAGGAUGAUCUCAGUAUUGGCCAGACAGCUUGAACGCCUCCGGGUGCGGCUCGUAGUGAAUUUUAUGCAUGGAAACGUGACCAAACCGCUUAGAGGUAUAGAAUGGUAUAGAAUUGUAGAUAGAAAAGAGGACGAUUCAAUACGAUUCAGUUUGGGGUGGGACCGUGAGCCUCGAAGUGUCACAACAAUGUCACAACACGCCGUUUUCUAUUCAUGGUUCCUUUUGAUGACCUGGGUGCUGAAGGAUCAUAUUCCUGCUUUUGCCCAGCAGUGGCAAACUGUGCAAGAGCCUUAUUUGGAGCUGGGUCCUGCAAUGUGGGUUGCGAUGCGCGCUUUGCAGCCCUGGUCAAAAAGAGAAAGGAAGUGA